AUGGGAUCCGUUGUUGAUGCUGCAAACAAGGAGGCAAGUGCAAAGAAACCUACAGUUAUUUUUGUCCUAGGUGGUCCAGGUAGUGGGAAAGGUACACAGUGUGCCUAUAUUGUUGAGCAUUUUGGUUACACACAUCUUAGUGCUGGAGACCUUCUCAGAGCUGAGAUUAAAUCAGGUUCUGAAAAUGGAACUAUGAUCCAGAAUAUGAUUAAAGAAGGGAAGAUAGUACCUUCUGAGGUUACAAUCAAGCUUCUGCAGAAAGCAAUUGAGGAAAAUGGGAAUGACAAAUUCCUCAUUGAUGGUUUCCCUCGCAAUGAGGAGAACAGAGCAGCAUUUGAAAAAGUUACUGAGAUUGAACCAAAGUUUGUCUUGUUCUUUGAUUGUCCUGAAGAAGAAAUGGAGAGGCGUCUGUUGGGUAGAAACCAGGGGAGAGAGGAUGAUAAUAUUGAGACUAUAAGGAAGCGUUUCAAGGUAUUUCUUGAAUCUAGCUUACCAGUGAUUCAGUACUACGAAGCUAAGGGGAAAGUUCGCAAGAUUCAUGCUGCAAAGCCCAUUGAAGAUGUGUUUCAGGAGGUGAAGGCAGUCUUUUCUCCUGAAGCUGAGAAGGUUGAAGCCUAG